UCACGGUAUAACCCAAGUCCUUUGCAUCCCGACGUAGGCCAAUAUUAUAUCAAUGGGUGCAGGUCAGUCAAAGCCAGAAUCCGACGACAAUGAGUAUCGCCAUGAAACGCCAAUACAGUUUUCGCAGGACGUGGUGAACCACCUGGCCGACCGUGUAAAUCUCCCAGAGACCACUCCCGAACGGCAGACAACUCUAGAUGCGCAUAUUCGUUCGCGUAUUCAAGCUGAUUUGAAGCAACUGAGAACAGAGGAGGAAAAUGUGCAGAGAGAAAUUGAAGUUGCACUGGAGAAGGAGAACCUGGAUCGGGAAAGGAGCAUGGCUGGGGACACCGAAGAGGAGGCUCACGGAGACAUCAAAAGCAGUACUUCCUUGAUGAACGAUAUAGAAGAGAUUCGGUCGAAAGUCGACAGGACGCAAACACGCCAACAACUUGGUGAUUUGUUCGAGGUGAACGAGAAGAGUCAAGCUGUAGCUUCAUGUUACCAAUCAAAUCCAACUACACCUUUGAACUGCUGGCGGGAAGUUGCUUCAUUCAAAAUGUCGGUGGCUCGGGCGGAAACGCAAUACUUUGAGUCCCUGCGUUAGGUUGAGAGAAAUGUGCAUCCUUUAACCGCUCAUACAGUAAUUGCUGGAUUACGGAGUUCACUCCUGUUUAAUAGACCAUUCAGUACCACACCCGGCCCUCUCGCGAGUAAUAUCUCGCUUGCAACUGCUAUAGAAUCUCACAACAACAGCAUUGUGUCUUGUAUAUAAUCGCAUACAGUCUUGAAAAUAAGGUGAGUUCUCUCCACUGCCCAAGUCCACCCAAGUCGACGGCAUGCCCCUCCAUCGACUGUUCAAUAGGCAACAUAAGUUUGGAAGAAUUAUGUGUUUAUUCAAAUGCAG